UUCAAAGCGAUUACUAUUUAACAGACUGCGAUGUGAAACUACCAGUAGUUACUGAUCCUCUUCGCAUAUUUAAAUGAUGUAUUCGAAGAUACUCGUAUUUUGCUUUUUAGUCGCGAGUCUUCAAAUUGCAGCAAUUUCUGCCAAGAAGGUUGUGUGUUAUUAUGGUAGUUGGUCAGUAUAUCGCCCAGGAGAUGGAUCGUGUAAAGUAGAAGACAUAGAUCCCUUUCUUUGUACCCACGCAAUCUAUGCUUUUGUUGGAAUUGACCAAACAGGGUCAAUAAAAAUUUUAGACCCUUCGAACGACGUUGACAAUGGAGGGUUUCGUCGAUUUAAUGCAAUGAAAUCAAAAAAUCCAAAUUUGAAAACGCUAUUGGCGGUAGGGGGUUGGAAUGAAGGAUCAGAAAAUUAUUCUAAAAUGGCUGGAAAUCCUUCAUUGAGAACUAACUUCAUUAUAAGUGCAAUCAAUCUGAUGAAUCAAUAUGGCUUCGAUGGUUUUGAUAUCGAUUGGGAGUACCCCGCACAAAGAGGUGGUGUUCCUGAAGAUAAGGUCAACUUUGUAACACUGAUCAGAGAAUUUCGCCAAGCGCUAGGGAAUGGACGCGUUCUUUCUAUUGCAGCGGGUGCAACCCCAAGUCACAUAGUAUCGUCCUAUGAUGUAUCCGCACUGACUCAUGAUUUGGAUUUUAUUAACGUUAUGACAUAUGAUCUACAUGCCUCAUGGGAUGGAGUCACUGGUGCCAACGCACCAUUAUUUUCUUCUUCUGGAGUUUCUGUGUCUCAAUGCAUCGAUGCGUGGAUUGCAAGUGGAGCACCCUCCUCAAAAUUAGUCAUGGGUAUUCCCGUUUACGGGAGAACAUAUACGCUUGCAAAUUCGCAAGUAAAUGGAAUAGGAGUCCCAGCUCCCCACCCCGGAACCCCAGGUCCAUUCACACAAGAAGAAGGGACAAUUGGUUAUAAUGAAAUAUGCCUGCAAUUACUAACAGGUCAAUGGGUUGUUGUAUGGGAUGAUGCUCAAAAGAUUCCGUACGCGUAUAAAGAGAACCAAUGGGUUAGUUAUGAUGAACAACGAUCAGUUGGUGUUAAAGUGCAGUACAUUAAACAACGUGAUUUGGGCGGUGCUAUGAUUUGGUCUAUUGAUACAGACGACUUUCGAGGAACGUGUGGCACAAAAUAUCCAAUCCUUACCACAAUCAAAAACGGACUAAUAUAACAAGGGAAAGUCUUUGUCAGAGGCGAUUUGGAAAGACAAAUCUAAUAAUAUAAUAUAAAAUAUUAGUUUACCUGUUUUUCAUGAUUUCUUAAAUUUGUUAAGAAGACUACCUAUAUAUA